AGAAAGUUGAUGUACCCAGCGACGCUAUCGAGACACACAGCUGCAUCCCUUCUCCUUCUCUUUCCUUGCCGUGCGGUCGUAACAUCCGCCUCUACAGCGGUCGCCGCUCCUCAUCAUCUGCAUACGUCGGCCUUCGCUGCAGCGAGGAGCUGGACCAGCAGCGUCCCCAGCGCCAGAAGAGGCAACAAGCCGUCGUGUUUAGCUGGCGCGGCACGGCAGCAGCUCACCCAUCGCAUGAGCGAGCAGCCGCAGCAGCAGCAAGCGAAGAGGCAUAAAAGCGGCAGCGGCACCAGCACGGACAUGGCGGAGAUGGGGGUCGACAUCCGGGUGCCCUCCGGCUGGGUGGUGGGAUCCACCGCGGUGGAGGGCAAGAAGUGCAUCGGGACGCACAGCGGCUCUUUCCAUUGCGACGAGGCCCUGGCCUGCGCGAUGCUCAAGAUCCUGCCGGAGUGGUCUGACGCCGUUAUCGUGCGCACGCGGGACGAGGCGGAGCUGGCCAAGUGCGACGCCGUAGUCGACGUUGGCGGGGUGUACGAUCCCACCACCCUGAGGUUUGACCACCACCAGAAGACAUUCCACGACACGCUCUCGGAGGAGAAUUUUCAGACCCGCCUCUCUAGCGCGGGGCUGGUGUACCGCCACUACGGCCGGCAGAUCCUGAAGCAGCUCGUCGAGGGCACCUCGGUGCCGGAGGACGUUGUGGACAAGAAGCUCUAUGCCAAGGUUUACAAGAACUUUGUCGAACACAUCGACGGCAUCGACAACGGAGUGGAUGUGGCCAAGGGAGCGGACCUGAGCUACGACGUCUCUUCGCACCUCAGCGCUAGGGUGGGCCAGCUCAACCCGAGCUGGAACGAGCCCUCAGACCCUGAAGGCCCCGACGGCCCCAACGCUCGCUUCAAGAAGGCCAUGUCGCUCACCGGUGGCGAGCUGUGCCGCUACGUCCAGGGGCUGGCCAAGUCGUGGUGGCCCGGGAGGGCAAUCGUGGCGGAGUCGUUGGCAAGGCGCAAGGAGGACCACCCAUCGGGAGAGAUUAUGGUUCUCACGGGCUUCUGUCCCUGGAAGGGUCACCUCCUCGAGCUCGAGGAAGAGAUGGGGAUCGCGGGGGAACUCAAGUAUGUCCUCUACGCCGAGGGGGACCCCGCAGGGAAAUGGCGAAUACAGGCGGUGCCCGUGUCGGAGGGCUCCUUCGCUCUCCGCCUGCCUCUGGCGAAGCCGUGGCUUGGCCUGCGGGACAAGGAGUUGUCGGAGGCGUCCGGCAUAGAGGGAGGCGUUUUCGUUCACGUCAACGGUUUCAUCGGCGGCAACGCCAGCAAGGCCGGGGCCAUGGCCAUGGCCUCCAAGUCGCUUGAGCUUGCAGCAGCGGCGGCGACCUAG